AUGUUACACCCUGGUCUUCUCCUCCAGCCACAGUUUGACGAGGUUUUGCUUUUCCAUCUGCCCACACAGAUCGGAGAACACUACAACCCGUAUGAAGGGAAGGCGCUUCCUAGCGAGCACUUUGUGAACAGACCGAUCUACUCGCCGAUCAACAGGAAGCUGCAGCAAGACAUCACCAACGUGCUCGACGACGAGCCGUCAUCCCUGCACUGCCAUGCUGGGAACUGGAUCAACAAGCAUCCUGACGACAUCCCCAACCUUGAGCUGGAGCCCAUCGGAUACUCCCGUCGCUGGUUGGGGGAAGAGAGGAUGGGAGGGGGAUGGUCGAGCGACAUGUGCCCUCUGUCGGGGGACAGGCACGCCCUGUGCGACAAGUUGAACAAGCUCAGCCUGCAGGAGCCCAGUGAAGCGGAUGAGGACGAGGACAUGGUCGUGAGAAGAGAUGCCGAGGGCAAUGUGCAUCUCAUGCCUCGCAAGAAAUAG